AUGACAUAUAAGGUUAACGAUAAAUUUCCAGUCAGUGUCUCAUUACAAUAUGUUCCAUACUCCAAAGAGAAGGGUGAAAUUAUUGCCUGUUCCAAUCCAACAACCUUCAACUUAGAGAAGGAGCUUCCCGGAAAAAAAAUUGUCCUAACUUCGGCAAUCGGAGCAUUCACUCCACCAUGCACCGAAGAUCAUUUGCCAACGUAUUUGAAUAACAUCAAGAAUUUCAAGUCUAAGGGAGUUGAUAAAAUCAUUGUUCUUACCGAUAAUGAUCCGUUUGUCAAUAGUGCAUGGGGAAAGGCAUUGGGAUACAAGGACGAAGAAAACUACGUCAUUUUCGCAACUGAUCCAAAUGCUGCUUUGUCAAAAAAUUUGGGCAAAAAGUUUAUUGCAGACAUGACCGACGAUGGCUUUGGUGUCAGGACAAGUAGAUAUGCCGCGAUCAUUGAUAAUGGUGUUAUCAAGUAUUUGGAGAGCGAAGACGGUGGUGGGUUUACCUCUACAACCAAUGCCAAUGACUUGUUAAAGAAGCUUGAUUGA